CCCACUUAAGCCAAAUUGGACAAGAUUUGGACGUUUGUGUAUCUAAAAGCUUAAAAAAAAAAAGGGCGAUUUUUCCAUGGCGUUGUCGGAGUUUCAGCUAGCUCUGAGCUUGUUGGUCUUGUUGUUCUAGCUGAUUUGAUCAACCCCAUGGUCUUACACGACCUAAUCCAAACUCCAGGUCGUUGAUUGAUUCUUCUCUCUCUCUCUCCAGCUCCAGAUUCUUCUGAUUCGUUUUGUAAUCAUUAUUUUUGUAAGAUUUGAAUCGGUUUUUGGGUUUUGCUAAGCUGAUUCUUGCUGGAUCGAGAGCUUUUGGGUUUUCUUCAAUCUGGGUUCUUUUUUUUUGUUUUCGGUUGUGGAUUUGAGAAUUAGGGUUUUCCGAUUGGGGGUUUUCUUGUUGAUGUUUACCUUUCAAAUUGUUUUCGGAGAUCUAGAGUAAUGGAAUAAUGGCUCGUCUCUUCUUGCCAUCUCUAUUUGUAAUUAGCAUCAUCUUGUUUGUCCAAAGUCGACUCUUUUCUUCGUUAAUCCAUCGCCAUCUAUUGAAUCUGAAGCAAAUCUGAGAAUCUACCAAACUCCCACGCCUGUAUUUUGCUUCCACGAAUAAUAUAGAUCACACGGUGAGUCGGAGACGGAGUACAUAUUGUUCACCGCAAGUGAAAGCAAUAGCCUUUUUGUUUAUUGAUGGGUGAGGAGUUAGCUGACACAAUGAACCUGGAUUUGAAUCUUGGGCCUGGUCCUGAGUCUGAUCUCCAACCUGCACCAAACGAGACUGUGAAUUUGGCCGAUUGGACUAAUGACCCGCCUGACAGAUCUUCUGAAGCUGUGACGAGGAUCAGGACUCGCCAUAGGACGCGAUUCAGACAGCUUAAUCUCCCUAUCCCGGUUCUAUCUGAAACCCAUACCAUGGCUAUAGAACUGAACCAGUUGAUGGGAAGUUCUGUCAAUGGAGCUGCUUUGCAGACUGGUGAGGGUAGUGAAAGAGGCAAUGAGGAUCUGAAAAUGUGUGAGAACGGCGACGGAGCCCUUGGGGACGGUGUAUCGGAUAAGAAAGCGGAUAUCGAGAAAAGCAGUGGCAGCGACGGUAACUUUUUCGAUUGUAAUAUAUGUUUGGAUUUGUCCAAGGAGCCGGUUCUUACAUGUUGUGGCCAUCUUUACUGUUGGCCUUGUCUGUACCAAUGGUUACAAAUUUCGGAUGCAAAGGAAUGUCCGGUUUGUAAAGGAGAGGUGACCUCCAAAACCGUGACACCGAUCUAUGGGCGUGGAAACCACAAAAGAGAAAUUGAAGAGAGUUUAGAUACUAAGAUCCCCAUGAGACCACACGCGAGACGCAUUGAGAGCUUGAGGAAUACAAUUCAAAGGUCGCCUUUUACAAUACCGAUGGAAGAAAUGAUUAGACGUAUACAAAAUAGGUUUGACAGGGAUUCAACCCCGGUCCCUGAUUUUAGUAACCGCGAGGCAUCGGAAAGAGUCAACGAUCGAGCCAAUUCGAUCCUUAACCGGUUGAUGACAUCUAGGGGAGUUAGAUCAGAGCAGAACCAGGCUAGUGCUGCAGCAGCAGCCAUUGUCGCAGCAACAGAGGAUAUCGAUCUGAAUCCAAACAUUGCUCCUGAUCUUGAAGGAGAAACCAACACGAGAUUCCAUCCUCUGUUGAUAAGGAGACAGUUACAGUCGCACCGAGUUGCAAGGAUCUCGACUUUCACUUCAGCGUUGAGUUCUGCUGAGAGGCUUGUAGAUGCGUAUUUUAGGACUCAUCCAUUGGGGAGGAACCACCAAGAGCAAAACCAUCAUGCUCCUGUUAUGGUUGAUGAUAGAGACUCAUUCUCAAGCAUUGCAGCUGUUAUAAACUCUGAGAGUCAAGUGGACACUGCAGUUGAGAUUGAUUCUAUGGUCACUCAUUCGACAUCGUCUUCGAGGAGAAGGAAUGAGAAUGGUUCGAGGGUGUCUGAUGUAGACAGUGCAGAUUCUCGUCCGCCUAGGAGAAGGAGAUUUACUUGAGAAACAUAAAUAAAAGAAAGCUUUCAACCUGGAAGCUGACGAUGAUGAUGAUUAAGAAGAAGAGAAGAAGAAGAGAAGAAGAAGAUUGUGUAACUUUAUUUUUCCUGUGUUGCUUGUUGGUUUGUUGUAAUUUGUUUUGUAUUUUUCUCAAUAGGGAUGGUUUUUUUAAUCGAAAAUUUUCUUUUAUCUU